UAGUAGAUUUGGAAAAUCAAGAAAUUGAAACAAUCUUAGAACUUCUGAUUGCUGCAGACGAACUUUUAAUUCAAAGGCUCAUCGAUUUUAUUCAAGAAUUUUUAAUCAAAAAUACAAUUGAAAAUAACAUGAUGUGUGAAGACACCAAGAAUGAAAACGCUAAUAUAUUAGAAGAGACAUUACGCGAAUUGAUUAAGCUUGUUAGAUUUCAUCAAAUAGAUCGAAAGGAGUUCGUACCUGAAGUAUGGACAUAUAAACAUCUUCUGCCGGAUCAUUUAAUUGAAGAUAUAAUACGUUGUUAUUUGGAUUCUGACGCAAGACCAAUGCAUCACGCAUUUUUAAUUAGAUGGGGUAACUUUAAAAUUAUAUCUGAAUUAAUUGAUAAGGAAAUCGCGUUAAUUUUGACAAAAUGGAUAGAUAAGAAAACAGUUGAUGAAGAGAUAUCCAAAGGAUUCAAAUAUCAUCUUAAUCUAAUUUUUAAGAGUAGUGUGGAUGGGCUUUCGUCUCAAAACUUUCAUCGUAAUUGCGAUCACAAAGGGGCAACAAUUGUAGUUGCCAAAAUAAAAAAUACAAACUUGCUCAUCGGUGGUUACAAUCCACUUGAUUGGAGUGGAGCUGAUGAAUGGAAACAAACAACGGAUAGUUUCUUAUUCGUCUUAGAUUGUAAAGACAUCAAAGGAGGAGUAGUAUCCCGUGUUAAUAAUAAUCACAGUUGCUAUGCAAUCUAUUGCGACAGCGAUUGUGGUCCAAGUUUUGGAGAAGGUCCCGAUUUUCAUAUUACAAAUAAUAGCUAUACUUUGAAAUAUAAAGCAAAAUCCUACCCUAAAAUGGUAACCUCACAUACACUUACGAUCUCAGAAUAUGAAAUCUUUCAAGUUGAAUGCAUCGAAAAGCUUUCUAUUCAAGAAGGUUAA